CAAAUACCAUAUGCCCUCUUUUGUGGGUUAGUAUAUGCGAUUAUUCAUAAAAUUUUGCAGUGAUUUAGUAGAAUUGUAUUUGAGUCUCAAUACAAAUAAUUUGAUAGAAGUUUAUUUCAUCUACAUUUGUCUUGCAUUUACAAUUGUAAGAUGAUAUGACAUGAAUAUUUACGUGGCAUGGCAUAUGUGUCAUGAAAAAUUUACUAUUUCGUACUACCAAUCAUUUAAUCCAUACAUACAUGAUGCUAUUGGCAUAGUAGUAUUAGUGAACAAGAGAGUAUCGCAAAGCUUAGUUCGAAUUCAAAAGGUUUUUGACAUAUCGUUUUCUUGCGCUCUUUUUAAUGCAGAAGAAGUAGCUGCUGCAACUAUUAACAAAAGAAAACUGAUAAUGACGUGAAACCAUGGACAAAAAUCCAAUAUCUUAAAAGAACUUUUAAUGUAGAAGAAGUAUAGCUGCAAGCCUGCAACUAUUAACAAAAGAAAACUGAUAAUGAAAUGAAACCAUGGACAAAAAUCCAAUAUCUUAACAAUAUAUCACACAAAAUUAAUUUUAUAUAUUUUGGGACACAUUACGCUAGAAGGAGGGCUUGAACCUCCGACCUUGUGGUUAACAGCCACACGCUCUAACCAACUGAGCUAUUCCAGCUAAUUGAUUGCACUACGAAAUUUUCUGUCAUCACAUUAUGACUUUAUCACAGAGUUUUGAACCUUUUCUUCUUACAUAUGACAUUACUUAAGAUAAUUACCCUAGCCUGUAACUAACUAACUAACUCUCUCUCCCUCGCCUCCUUAUCACCACCUUCGAUCGUCUUCCAAACUGUGAUUUUAUUCUCCGUUUGAAAUCUGCUUUUCUUCCGUCGUUGAUGAGAGAAAAUGCCUACAACCGCACCCCCUUCGUUACUUUCUCUAGCAACCCAACCGCAACUAUAUAUACAAACUUCGUUUCUACAGUAUUCAUGGAUUAACAUGAUGAUGGAGCUUUAUGAUCACCUCCAUUGUUUCAUUUCCAUAGCAAGCUAGCAGAAGUAGAUGGCAGGGGAAGAGAAGAGAAGAGAAGAGAAGAGAAGAGAGAAUCGCUUGAAAGAGAGGUAACUAGUGAGUGUAUUAUGGUUCAUAAGCAACAUUGCAUGACUUCAUAGCAGAUGCCUUGUAUAUAUAGUUAGGUAGGGUAGCGAACAUGUCUACCAUACGCUUUCAGAUUUACCGACAAAUGCAAUGAUAGUCAAAUUUUUAAUUUUAAGAUGUCCUUCACUACUGAACUGCAGUUCUUAUGAGUUUGGUUCAGUCUGCCACGUACUUGUAUUUUUGUGACAGACCAAUUGCCUUAACAAGGACAAAGUUCGUAACAUAGUUAUAUGGUAAAGUCGAAAUCUUUUAGGCUGGAGGUCUAUUUGUGGAUUGAAUUGGUUGGUACCCAUUUUAGUUUCGUAUAAGCCAUUGAAGAAAUGUGAGGUUAGGAUUAAAGUGACCCAAAAGGAUGUUUAAGGCUUUGGGAUGAGCCUAGGAAAGUUGUUUUUUUUUUUGGUCGGUUGGUGAAUUGAGGGCGAAUGGUUAAGGAGAAGGUGAUUGUUGGUGCAUUAAUUGUGGUGGUGGUGCUAUUGGCGAUUGGGUUUUUGCCGGUGGCCGGCGGGGAGAUGACGAAAGUGACAAAGGAACAAGCGAUAGCGGCGAUGGCGAACACGUGCAUGCCGGUGUGCAUGAGAGAACGUGGGGCGACGGUGCCGGUGUGCCGGGAAACUUGUGAGCAGGCGAGCAUCGUUGUUCUCAGGAACCCUAGCGUUCGGCUGGCGCUUAAGAUGCAAGCCAAGCUUUAUUAGAUCCUUUUUUUUCUUCUUCUUCCUACUUCUUCAAUUUCUUUUUUCUGUGUUUUUCUUCGUGUUUUAGAUUAGUAUAUUCGGAGGAUAAAUAGAAUUACAGUUUUCAUAUUUGAAGAUUAAACUUUGUUGACGAUUUUUUUUUGUUUUUCGUUUUGUUUUUGCAUUGUGAAUACUGAAUAGGGAAAAUCCACCUUGUUUAUUAGUUGACUUUACUGUGAUGAAUAUGCCAUCCCGUGUCAAAUGCUCCUUUAAUUUAUUGCUGCAAGUUACUGAACGUUCUGAAUAACUUGGAGAAACCAUAAUUGCCACAAAGAAAGAAGGGGGGAAAAAACGAAUUGGAUUUUUUUCUCGUCCACUAGUUUAGACUUGCUUGACUUAAUUCAAAUUAAAUUUCUAAUUUUUUUUCUAUUUCGAAUUAAAUGUCUUUCAAUAAUUGAAGAAAACGAUAUAACAAACUCAUUCAGUUAAGUCAAUAUAAAUUAAGAUAACACACAUUAUACUCAAAUCAGCGAUACCAUAGCGAAGUUCAAACAUAUACAAAAGCGGUAGGAUCGUCAUAGAACAUUCUGUCAUUCAUAAUGAUUUAGAUCACAUAUGGAGCUUUAACUAUGGUUAAAGAGAGAGGGAUAUGCAACAUAGAGAGUGGUCAAGCGAGAGUAGGAAUCUUUUUCCAUGACUACUAGUGAUGGUAAUGGGGCGGGGCGGGUACCUCAAUUCUCAUGUCCUGCCCCACGCUACUACGGGUCGGGCGGGUAAAACCCGCGCGGGUACGGAGCGGGACGGGUCGACCCACUCUUACAUGUUGUUAAAAAAAAUACAAGUAAAUUAUAAGAAGUUGGUAAAUUAAUUAAACUAAAUAAUAACGAAAAUUGGGACUUGUGAUUAAUUAAACUAAAUAAUAAGAGGUGGCAUUAAAUUAUAAGAAGUUGGUAAAGCAAAAUAGAUAUGACAUAUGUGG